GUCGUAGUCACAUCGCCCCAGUUGCGGCCGGAAGAGGGCUAUACAUAUUCAUCAAUCUGUUGUACUGCACAUUCGCUACUGCCAUCGCUACCGGACGAGUUGUUGGAGGCCGUAGAACGAAGCUGUACCCGGGCUGACACGGCAUCGCGCGCCGCUGCGAAUCUGUGAUCUUUGAUCACUGAUCGGGAUUCUGAUACGACUGCCACCCCUCCAGCACCUCACCUCUUGGAAAUCCGAGACCGGGCAAUACGGGCCGACCACUGCCUGCCUGUCUGCGUGACUUUAGGCUUCGGAAGAUAAGAACAUGUCCGCAGAAGACACAACAUACAAUGUGGCCGACACCCCUCUGCCGCCAGCGCCCAAAGAAGACCCCUUGAGCUCCGAGCAAUGGAGGAUUUUGUCUGCCGUCGCGGACACAGUAGUGCCGGCACUCACCCGCGGUCUAAAGGGCACCGACCGUCUGCUACAGCAUCCGCUGCGCGAGGAAAUAUACGAUGCUGCCGGCAAACGCAUCAGAGCUCUCGCAAAAUUUAACGACGGCGAUGAGACGGCGGAGCGCUACCUCAGCGAGAGCGCUGCCGCUCAUCCGCUGUUCAAGGACAUGAUCACCCGAAUGGUUGCAUGCAAUAUGAGCGAUACAGCCAAGAAUGGGCUAUUAUUCAUUCUUACCGCCCUGAAUACGCGAGCCGGUGCAUUGCUGCUCACGGGCCACACGACGCCUUUCUACGGCCUACCAGUCCGCGAUCGCGAGAAGGUCAUCCUCGGAUGGGGUCAGUCUCGUAUACCACUGCUACGCGGCUUGAGCAGAUCAUUCACUGCGCUGUUUCGUGUCAUAUGGUUGAGAACAUCUCCGACACUUGAAGCAGUACUGGGCUACCCGAGGGCUCCUGUGUAUGCGCAAGCCGCACCGAUUGGAUAUGGUUUCCAUUUCCUCCAGAUUCCCCCAAGCACUUCAGCUGAAGCCGAAGUGAUCGAGACAGAUGUGCUCAUUGUAGGCAGUGGUUGCGGAGGCGCGGUCGCAGCAAAGACCUUGGCCGAAGCGGGCCAAAAGGUGCUUGUUGUCGAGAAGCAGUACUACUGGACUCCUGAACACUUCCCCAUGGGUGAACGUGAAGCCGGUCAACACUUGUUCGGCAAUGGAGGCGUAAUCCUUUCCGACGACUCCAGUAUUAGUGUUGUAACAGGGACAGCCUGGGGAGGCGGAGGCACAGUCAACUGGAGCGCUUCACUGCAACCUCAGGGGUUCGUGCGAAGAGAGUGGGCUCAAAAGUUCGGCCUCACUCACUUCACAGGCUCUGCUUUCCAGGCGGAUCUGGACGCCGUGUGCGAUCGUAUGGGCGUGAGCACAAAUAACAUCACUCACAACAAGGGCAAUCUGGCACUGCUAGAAGGCGCCAGGAAACUCGGAUGGAGCGCCAAAGCUGUAGCACAGAACACCGGAGGCGAAGUCCAUCACGACGGAUUCUGCACAAGAGGAUGUCGUACUUGCGGCAAGAAAGGGCCAACUGUGACCUUUUUACCUGAUGCUGCCGAUGCCGGUGCUACCUUCUUGGAAGGCUUUGAGGUGAGUCAGAUUCUAUUUGAUGAGAAAGACGCAACUCUGGCUACGGGCGUCAAAGGUAUCUGGACCUCGCGCGAUGGCAUGGGCGGCCUUGCAGGCGAAGACCGAACACGUCGCGAAGUGAUCAUCAAGGCCAAACGCACAAUCAUCUCCGGCGGAUCAGUGUACACGCCUAUCCUGCUGCAGAAGUCCGGUCUGAGCAACAAGCACAUCGGCCGGCAUCUCCAUUUACACCCAGUAAACAUGGUCGCCGCGGUCUGGGACGAAGACGUCCGCCCCUGGGAAGGACCCAUUCUCUCAACCGUCGUCAACGAAUUCGAGAACAUCGACGGAGACGGCUACGGUGCCAAACUCGAAUGCACAACCAUGCUGCCCAGCUCCUUCCUCCCUCUCUUCGAAUGGCAAGGAGGUCUCGACUUCAAAGAAUUCACCGUCAAAAUGCGACGCAUGACAGGCUACAUAUCUCUCGCCCGUGAUCGCUACGGUGGAAGAAUCUAUCCCGACGCCAAAGACGGAAGAUGUCAUAUCCAAUAUACUCCCAACGCAUACGAUCAAAAACACAUCUUGGAAGGCGUCGUCCGUCUCGCCGAAAUUUUGUACGUGGAAGGCGCAAGAGAAAUCUACGCCGCCGUACCAAAUAUUGGACCUUUCGUGCGUCCAUCAGCAGAUGCAGAUUCUAAAGUCUCUAUGCACGCCAACGCGAGUCCUUCGGUCACGGAUCCUGCUUUCGCUGCUUGGAUUGCCAAAGUUCGAUCGAAUGGUUUUCCUUCACCUGGAACAGGCUUCUUCUCUGCUCAUCAAAUGGGUUCGUGUAGGAUGGGCACUUCACCGAAGAAUAGUGUCGUCGAUUACAGAGGACGGGUAUGGGGUACGCAGAAUUUGUACAUUGCAGAUGCUUCGGUGUUCCCGUCUGCAAGUGGUGUCAACCCGAUGAUCACGAAUAUGGGAAUUGCGAGAGGUAUUGCCAGGGGUAUCGCCGAAGAGGCUGAUCGGGAGAAUGUUGACCGUUUCAACGCUGUUAACACUGGAGUGAAAGCCAGGUUGUAGGGAACGAGAUGGAUCUGCAAAUUCUGGGAACAGAAGCAGGCUAAUGUAGUUUCUUUCGGACAAUGUUGUACAAAUAGACUCCAUAGAGCCCGUACACAUAUAUAUCAUUAUGAUAAUACACCUCCCCUCCGCCUCGCAUAUUCUUGUUCAGCUCUCAACAAAGGACUACCAACAGGGCGAUCCUUCCUGAAAUCAUCCCUAUUGACAUAGCCCUCAUCCUGCAAGAUUCCAGUCGAGUGAAUAAAAUCCCAGAAUUCCGUCAAACCAGUCUUCGAAAUUCUUCCCACUUGAUCUCUCAUCACGAGUCUCGACUCGUCAACCAGUGUUCUGAGUUUACUCCACAUUUGUCGAUCAGCAUAAACGCGAGCGACACUCUCUCGCGCUUUCCAGCCUGGUUUCUUGCCCGAAGCUCGACAUGCGCGCAUGAACUCUUCCAUGGGACCAACACCAAGCAAGUGAUGGUUACGAGCAUAGCCUUCAAUCAUUCGGUCGAAGAAUACCACGUCAAUGUUGGCCAUAAAGCCUUGGCCCUGAUCUUUCACUUGACGCCAUAGGUUCUCGAUCGCAGAGAAGUCGGGUUGUGGUUGACGAGCGAAGUAAUAAGUCAUCAGGAUCGUGUAGAUGUGUGCUGUGGGUUUGUGGCCAUUCGAAGUCAUGUGAGCGAAGACUGCGGCUGCGGCGGUGUCGUUGCCAUAGUGUUUCAGCAGGCGGUCAAUGAUCAUCGCGUAGCCCAUGGAGUUGAUGCCUGGUAAGCCGCUGUCUUUGUCCGCAAGCGCAUCUAUAAACCCGAUGAUCUUGGCUUCUUGAGCGUCUUUGGAAAGGUUAUCAAGGAAUCCCUCUUCGAACAAGGAAGUCAGGAGUACUGUCCACGUGGUGGUGUCUGCUUGAAUGCCCCGUUGUUGCAUCUGACGGAGCACAGCAAGAGCGUC